UUCAUUUUGGAGGACCGAUCGACCUGUCAAGAUGUCUACAGCCGAAACGAUAUUCCACUCUGAUAUUCCAGAUAAUACAAAUGGAAGCAAAGCUUUGCCAUCGAAUAACAAUAUUUCCGAAACGGCAACCGUUCAGCAGCAAAAACAAAAAGUUACUAAAGACACAGCAGUAAGAAGAGGACUGAUUGCUCUGACAAUAUUUGUAUCAUUAGUUGUUGGGCUUGUUGUUUUCUGUCUUGUGAUCAUCACACAGCUACAGUAUGAAAUGAGAAUUAUGAAAGAGCGAUUAGAAAAUCAAGAACACCAGUCCUCUGGACAAUUGAAAUGGCUUGAACGAAAUUUGACAUCUGAAAUUAACAAUUCGUUUUCGGAAUUGAAGAUGAUUGCAAAUGAAGAUUCAAGAGCGCUCUACUCGAAACUACAGCAACAUCAGUUACAGAUUAAUCAGUCUCUUGAAAGAAUUUUACAUUUGAAUCAUUCCAUUGAACUCCUGGUUACGGCAACACAAGAUUUUCCGAACGGUUGCACAAAUGUACAUCGCAUCUAUGCAAAGCGUCAAAACACCACCGGCGGAGUCUUUGAUAUAUAUCCCGAAUCAGAACACACAUCGGUGGAAGUUUACUGUGAUCUUGAAACCGAUGGAGGCGGAUGGUUUGUCUUUCAAAGAAGAAUGGACGGAACGGAAGACUUCUACAGAGGAUGGAACGACUAUGUUAAUGGAUUUGGAGAAAAGGAUAAAGAAAUGUGGUUAGGCUUGGAAACAAUGCAUCAACUGACUAAAAAUGGAAGUUACGAACUAAGAGUUGAUUUGGAAAAUUUCAAUGGAGACACUGCUCAUGCUACAUAUAGAGCGUUCUCAAUCGCAUCUGCAAGUGAUAAAUAUCGGUUGACACUUGGGGAUUAUAAUGGAACAGCCGGAGAUUCAUUAGCAUAUCAUAACAAUAUGCAGUUUAGUACGAAAGAUUCUGACAAUGACCAAACGUCCGGCAGUUGCGCAAUCACUUGCAGUGGGGCUUGGUGGUACAAUAGUUGUCAUGACUCAAAUCUGAAUGGGAUUUAUUACCAGGACGGGCGCGAUACGGCACAAUCCGUUAGUUGGCAUGACUGGAAAUUUAAUCGGCAGUCUCUGAAGUUCAGUGAGAUGAAGUUUCGAAAAAAAACAUAAUUUCCAACUGAACUGAAAUACAAAGACUGCAUACUAAGAUUUCAACUGGCUAUGUCAUUGCAAUAUUCUUCAGCGAUGUACUGAAAUUAAGCUUCGCUAAAAAUGUAGAUAAUGCACUUUCGAGAUAUGGACUGAUAUAGAUCUUCGCUCAAUACCUAGGACGUAGUAGAGAAAAACGGUUGGAUUGUGAAAACAAGUGAAACUUCCUUAUUUGGCGUAGUCUAUCAAUAUUCUGUAUUUUAUAAUUUAUUGUCUGAUUCAAAACACAGUAUGGGAGUGAUUAUUGCAUUGCAUCACAUUUGCUGUUACAUUCCACGCUAUCUCUUGAUUAUACUAUUUCCCAUCGGGACAAACAGCUACAGCUAAUAUACUUAAUAUAUUAUAUUGAAAUUUCUUUAUAUCACAAUACGUUUAAAAAGUUAUGCAUUGGCCAUGGAAAGCUUACCAUAAAUCUCUCGUUUUGUGGCUUCCCGCUAUUGAGCCCAUAUUAUCAUGCCUAUCAAAUUGUAUAAAACCUCUGCUGGUAUAAUCACAUAGUUAUAUUAUUUCCAGAUCGGAAGUUGCCGAUUAAGUUAGCGCUAGCAACCUAAUCUGUUCAUUACACAUAAUACCUCUGGCCAGGAUUGGGCGUUUUGAUUACUUUGUCUUCAAUGACAUGAUUCAUUAUUAUAUGCAAAAAAAAAUAAUAUUUAAUAUAUAUCAA